AUGGUUGACCCGGCUGUGAUGCUGACGGAGCAGGCAGGCCUCGUGGCAGGGCUGCAAGGAGAGGUGCGACGCUUGGCGGAGUUCCAAGCUGCAGCUCCUGUGGCCGCGCACGAAGCCCUGCCGGUACCUCAGCCGGUACCCCAGAACCCCGAGCCGGUUGUGAACCGGGAGAUCCCCAACGUCCACGACGAGGAGCUGCUCGACCGCUUCGUCCGGGGACUCAAGCCGCGCACACGUAUGGAAGUUACCAUGCGCGAGCCGAGCACCUUCGACGAAGCGGUCAAGCUGGCCGACCGCAUGGACUCCCUCUUCACCCCAGGGUUCGGAUUGGACCGCCAGCCCAAAGGGCGGUUCAAUUCAACUAACCCAAUCCCGAUUCUUCCCCGUCCUGCUAACCCUGUCGCUGACCCUGUUCCCAUGGAGAUUGAUGCACUGAGGCGCAGACUGCCCCCGCUAACCGAUGCUGAGAGAGAUCGGUUACGGAAGAUUGGUGGUUGCUUCCGUUGCAGGCAAACCGGGCACAUUGCGACUAACUGCCCCCUUAACACCCAGUCCCCUGUGCAGCGCCCUGGUGUCAACCACAUUGACCACCAGGCGCCUUCCACCGACCACCCCGAUCUCAUCGACCUCGACUCCGAGCCCCGCAGCUCGGAAAACUUCACGCCCCAGUAG